AUGCUCCCAGAACAUGAGAAUGUGGGCACUGUGCUGCUCGACAUCGAGGGAACUGUCUGCCCUAUCUCCUUCGUCAAGGACACUCUGUUUCCUUACGCCUUGAAAGCUCUCUCAAGCGUCAUUCACGAGCGAUGGGACUCUGCAGACUUCAAACCCUACCGUGAUGCUUUUCCUGCGGAGGCACAAGCAUCUCCCGAGGCCUUUGAAGCUCACGUCAAAGACUUGACAACCCGCGAUGUCAAGAUUGCCUAUCUCAAGAACUUGCAGGGCUAUCUAUGGCAGGCUGGCUAUGAGAACGGCGCCUACUCCACUCCUUUGUUCGACGAUGUCGCUCCUCAGCUAAAGCACUGGCAUGACUCAUCUAAACAGCUUGUCAUCUACUCCUCAGGCAGCAUAUUCGCGCAGAAGCUUCUCUUUGGGCACGUUAAGGACCCGCUUGGUGGAGCGGACGAGAAACGUACGCAAAACCUCCAGGGAUUGAUCGACGGCUGGUUCGAUACGACCAACGCCGGCCUGAAGCACGAUUCUAGCAGCUACACCAAGAUCGCCGAGGAGUUGGGCAAGCCUGCCGACAGCAUUCUCUUCCUGAGCGAUAACGUCAAAGAGGUGCAGGCGGCCAUCAAGGCAGGCAUGCAGUCUGUGGUUGUUGACAGACCAGGCAAUGCCCCUCUGAGCGAAGAAGAUAAGGCCAAGUAUCAGGUCAUUGAGACGCUGAAUGAGAUCAGUCUCUCUCCUGCACAGAUUGACUACAGAUUCAUCAAGUGA